AUGGCGGAGGAGAGGGGAACCCUUUCAGGAAAGAUGCUCACGAGGCCCCUUGUCCUGGCGACCCUCAUUUCUGCCUUUGGGUCCUCUGUCCAGUAUGGUUACAAUGCUUUUGUGGUCACCUACCCUGCCAAGCACAUAAAAAGCUUCUACAACGCAACCUACCGCUUCCGGAACAUGAUCAGCAUCGACCACAGCCUGCUGAGGUUCCAGUGGGGACUCACAGUCGCCUUUUUCCCACUCGGGGGCUUUUGUGGGUCUCUCAUGGUUGGACCGCUGGUGGACAGCAUCGGCAGGAAGAAAACCCUCCUGGCAAAUAACUUUUUGGCCCUAAUCGCUGCUGCCCUUGUGAUUUCCUCAAAACCGAUGCAUUCCCACGAACUUCUGAUUUGCUCACGCCUCUUUGUGGGAAUCUGCGCCGGGGUUGCCUUCAGCGUGGUCCCCAUGUACCUGGCCGAGAUCGCCCCGCAGAACCUGCGUGGGGCGCUCUGCAUGGUGGCGGAUCUGUUCAUCACUUUCGGCAGCUUGCUGGCAGAAGCCAUCGGCUUCCACGGAGUCCUCGGAACCGAGGAAGGUUGGCCACUUUUGCUCAGCCUGACCGGGUUCCCGGCAUUGCUGCAACUGCUGUUGCUCCCGUUCUUCCCCGAAAGUCCCCGAUAUCUCCUGAUUCAGAGGAAGCAGGAAGAAGAGGCCAGGCAGGCCUUCCAGAAGCUGAGGGGCCCGGAGGAUGUGGAGCACGAGAUGGAAGAACUGAAACGAGAGGGCCUCUCAGAGAAGGAGGAAGAAGAUAUGGAUGUGCUGAAAAUCCUCCUGCGUUUCCCCCCACUUCGGUGGCACAUCGUGUCUAUCGUGGUCCUGAUGGGGGGCCAGCAGCUCUCCGGGAUCAACGCGGCCCAGCAUUACACGAAGCCGAUCUACUUGUCCUCGGGGCUCAGCGAAAUGGGCGCCUGGAAUGUCAGCAUGGUGUUAUCUCUCUUCCUGAUGGUCAUCACCACACUGGUGAUCUGCAUUGUCGAGACAUCGGGGCGGAGGAUUCUUCUCCUCACUGGCUUCAUUGUUUGCAGCAUCUCUUGCAUUUUCCUGGCCAUGUCCCUGGAGCUUCAGAAAAAUAUCCCCACCAUGUCCUAUCUGAGUGCAUCCUUUCUUACCGUCUUCCUGAUUGGACAGGCUACUGGCCCCAGCCCAGUCCCCAGCGUGCUGGUUGCUGAACUUUUUCUCCAGUCGUCUCGGUCCACGGCCUUUGUGAUCGCGGGAGGCAUCCACUGGCUUUGCAAAUUCCUCAUUACUGUAACGUAUCUCCACAUAGAAAUGGACCUGGAGCCCUACAGCUUUCUUAUCUUCUGGCCAUUUGGCAUCGCCACGGUUUUUUACAUAUACAAGAUGAUCCCCGAGACUAAGGAUAGAAGCUUCUUAGAGAUCAGGAGAGUCAUGGCUCUCCAUCAGACCCAACGGUCCUAAUGGUGGACUUGGGACCUCUCUGUGGGCCAUCUGGGCUGCCUUCGGUCAAGGGAAGAUGGACA